AUUAUAAACCUUGCUCUACAAUCGAAAAGUUCAAAGUAAAUUUUCCGCAGUUUGUGAAACAGUUAUUAUUAUUAAUAUUUUUUUUUUCGUUUGUUAAAUUUUGUUGUUUUCUAAAAAUGGCUAAAAAGUUCUGCUUUUCGGAUUACAAUACAACCAAUUCGGCUGAGCCGAAGACAGAAUCGGGUGAAAACUAUUCCAGGAAUAGAAGGAAUCAAGAGAGGAAUAUAGAAUAUAGUGCAGCUGAUGCUGCCUUCGAAGCUAAAUUGGAAAAGUUGGCUUCAGCUAAAAAAGAUAAUGACAAUCAGUGUGAAAUCACCGAUUCUUCUGAAUUUGAAUCAAUUCAAGGUAUUGGGUUUAUUGAAUACUAUCGGCGUCACUUUGAGCGCCAUUGUGAGCGUGCCAUAAGGAAAUAUUCCUUGGAUUGUGAGGAAUCGGAUGAGGAUCUUCCUCCAGUAGAUCCACCGGCUUCGAAAACACGUCCUUCAAGCUCCAACAAAGAGGAAUGCAAGCCCAGUCUUCCUGAGAAAAAACUAUUUCCUUUAAUGACGGAUAAAUUUCAUUCUUCAAACUCCCAGAAAUAUAAACCAAUUCCUAAGGAAGAACUCUUUUCCUUGAUGAGGGAUAAAAAAUAUCAGCCAAGUCCUGCUGAGGAGAAACACUUUCCAUUGGCGUCGGAUAAAUCCCAGAAAUAUCAGCCAAGUCCUGCUAAGGAAACACACUUUCCUUUGGGGUCCGAUAAAAAAUAUAGACCAUGUCCUGAUGAGGAAACACAUUUUCCUUUGGGGCGGUAUAAAUCCCAAGAAUAUAGAGAAAGUCCCUCUGAAGAAACACAUUUUCCUUUGGGCUCGGAUAAAAAGUAUAGACCAUGUCCUUCUGAGGAAGCACACUAUCCUUUGGCGUCGGAUAAAUACCAGAAAUAUCAGCAAAGUCCGUCUGGGGAAACACAUUUUCCUUUGGGAUCAGAUAAAAAAUAUAGUUCAUGCCCUGAUGAGGAAACACAUUUUCCUUUGGGGCGGUAUAAAUCCCAGAAAUAUAGAGAAAGUCCCUCUGAAGAAACACAUUUUCCUUUGGGUUCGGAUAAAAAGUAUAGACCAUGUCCUUCUGAGGAAGCACACUAUCCUUUGACGUCGGAUAAAUCCCAGAAAUAUAGAGGAAGUCCAUCUGAGGAAACAGACUUUCCUUUGGGGUCCGAUAAAAAAUAUAGACCAUGUCAUGAUGAGGAAACAUAUUUUCCUUUGGGGCGGUAUAAAUCCCAGGAAUAUAGAGAAAGACCCUCUGCAGAAACACAUUUUCCUUUGGGGUCGGAUAAAAAGUAUAGACCAUGUCCUUGUGAGGAAGCACACUUUCCUUUGGCGUCGGAUAAAAAAUAUAGAGCAAGUCCUUCAGAGGAAACCCAAGGUUACAACGGGGAUAAAUACCAGAAAUAUAGACGAAGUCCUUCAGAGGAAACACGAGCUUACAACGAGGAUAAAUCCCUGAAAUAUAGAUCAAGUCCCUUCGAGGAAGCACACUAUUCUUUGGGGUCGGAUAAGAAAUAUCAUCGAAGUCCUUCUGAGGAAACACACUUUCCUUUGGGUUCAGAUAAAAAAUAUAGAGCUAGUCCUUCUGAGGAAUCCCAGGGUUACAGAGAGGAUAAAAAAUAUAUACGAAGUCCAUCCGAGGAAACACGAGCUUACACCGAGAAUAAAUCCCAGAAAUAUAGAUCAAGUCCCUUCGAGGAAGCACACUAUUCUUUGGGGUCAGAUAAGAAAUAUCAGCGAAGUCCUUCUGAGGAAACACACUUUCCUUUGGGGUCGGAUAAAAAAUAUAGAGCAAGUCCUUCUGAGGAAUCCCAGGGCUACAACGAGGAUAAAUUCCAGAAAUAUAGACGAAGUCCUUCCGAGGAAACACGAGCUUACAACGAGGAUAAAUCCCAGAAAUAUAAAGCAAGUCCUUCCGACGAAUCCGACUAUCCUUUGGCGUCGGAUAGAAAAUAUGGACCAAUUCGUUCCGAUGAAACACGAGGUUACAACGAGGAUAAACCAUCAAGAUCUAGCUCUUGUCCCACUGAACCCCCAAACUUAAGUCCUCAGGAGCACAGACAAUGCCGUUGGGAGAUGGAAAGGGAUCAAAAAUAUAGCAGGCAGGACAAGUCACUUCCAAGGGGAAACUCACCUCGCGGACCCUCCACAAAAUUGCCAAAUCAAAUGCCAUUCAAGAACCCUUAUUAUCAUCCACGAAAGUCAACCCACUCGAAAAGCUCCAAAAGUUGCAUAGAUCUGUUUUUAGAUUUAGAAUCCGAAAAGUCCAUAGGUCCCUCAGAUACAGACUCUUUAGGUCUAACCUUUAGUUGCACUUCCUUUGAAGGUCAUACUGAUCGCUGCAGUAGGAAGACCUACGAUUUGAAUAUCGAAAUGCCAAGGAUACGAGGCGGAGCUAUACCAAAUUAUCCGACUUGCACUUGCAGGCGAAAACCAUCUGCGGAACCUCGCUUGAAAGUUUCCCAUUCAAGCAGGAUUAAUUUCAGGCCAAACGGUGGAAAUGCACCCCGAGAAGUUGAACCCAAACGUUCUUCUUUCAAAUGGAAGAUCUUCUAUAAGGAACCACAGAUCGGCAAGGAUCCUCUUCUGGAGACCCUUUUAUCGCCCAGAAGUUUGAAUUAUUCAAAAAGCAAUCGCUGCCAGAAUCGGGAUCAGAAAGAAGCCGAAAAUGUGAGGGAAAACCAUGAGCAAAGGCAUCAACCGGAAGUAGAUCUUUCCCUGCUAGAUCUACCCGAGGUUCUCAGCACCUCAUCGGAAGAGAAGGCUGAUCAUCGAUGCUCCUUGCCAGUGCCUUCACUGGGCUCUAGUCACACCUUUACGGACAUUUGGCGCAAAAAGGAUAUACAGUUGGGUCGCUGUGAGACUCCAACUGGUGGUCUCUACAGUAGAGUUCAUAAGCUUCAGUUUAAGCCAAUAGAUCGAUUGGACUGCGGCUUCUCGCUUAAGCCACUGUUCAAUGGAUCCCGGUCGGAGACCCAGAGAAGGAUUCGAUACUUUGCCUCCCAAUUCGACAGGCUUAGUUCUAGAGAACGAAUGCAGGACACUGAGCUGAGGUUCCAACAGCUUCGCACGCUGCAAGCCGAAUCGGAUGAAGAGUUUUUCAAGCAUUUUCGAGAGCAUCCACCAGCUGAUUGGCCAUUGCCAACUUGGGAGACCAAGUAUAUGUGCCCAAUUGGCGGUAGAUCCUGUCCACCAAUAACAAACGAGACUAUCCUGAGCCACAAGCUAAUGUGCCACCUCGAUGAGCGGGGCCUGGAGGUUCGCGAAGUUUUCACAAACGAUCGUCUGUUAUUGAUCUUUAAUCCGCGAACCUACAGUAUUGGCCGGAACACAUGCAUGUCAGUGAUAGUCUAUGCUGGUGUCUACGGAGAUCCAUCCAUGUUGCCGGGUAAUCGUUUUAUGCCCACACGGAAUAGGAAAUUGCCAAUCGAAUUUGCCCGUUACCCCAAGCAUUUGCCCAUGUUUGUGAUGGUGUGUCGGAACCAAAGCACCGAAGGUGGGCGGCGUGAUGAUAUCCUUACCGUGUGGGUGGUAAGCGUUGAUCUCCCGCAGCCGGUGCAUGUCUUGUUGACCGUUGUGAAUCGGCGCAUGGAUGCCACCAGGAGUUGUAUCCUGCAGGUGCGUCCAUUGCACAGGACCCAAGACUGCCAGAAGCUCAUUGAAUCUGGUACUCAGUUCAUGCAGCUGGGAGAACAGGAUCUGCGUGUCCUUACCAGCAAUGACACUGAGCCGCUCUAUAUGGAGAUCAACGUGAGGGAAUAUGCGGGAACACUUCAACGAACUAUCCGUAGACACUAAGGCAAGCGGAUUUAAAGAUCAAUUUCAGACAAAUCGUUUUGGAAUUGCUGCAGGAUUUUUCUUUAUAGAAGUAACCAAUAAGACGUGAUAUGGAGUGAAGGGGUCUUUAGAAAUUAAGAACUGUUUUAGCCAAAUUUGUUUUCAAAACUGUAUUACGUUAGGAAUAGCUUUGAACUUUGUACGAUUAACAAAUUUAGUGUGAUAUAGUAGAAGUAACAGGAAUGACCAUAUAAAUGCAUUCCUAAAUCAGUCAGUGUAGGAUUUAUCUAUAUAGAAUCUACCAAUUAGAUGCGACAGGAGACCCUUUACCUGGGGAUAAACUUGAGGUAGUACGCAGGGAUACUCAUCCGAACUACUCGCAAAAAUUGAGGCAAGCAGAUUUCAAAAAUAGUUUCAGCCGAAUCGUUUUGAAAACAUUAUUACAUUAGUAAUAAUGUCGAACUUUGUACGAAAUUUUGUGUGAAAUAUGUUCAUAUCUAAAUAAGCAAAUGAAUUUUUGUAUAUAGAAGCUAUCUAUAAGAAGUAACAGGGAGCACUCCCUCCUAGAGAUGACAGUGAACACAAGGUCACAAUCACUCAAAAUACUGGCAGAAAUUUAGGUAACUUAAGUAGUAUUUUUUAGGUAAGCGGUGUUUCAAAGAACUGUUUUAUUCAAAUUUACGUUUUUAUAAGUAAUUAAUUUGGGCAUAGCGUUGAACUUUAAGAAAUGUUAAAUGUAAACAGAAUGACCAUAUGAAUGCAUUCCUAAAUCAGUAAGUGUAGAAAUGUUCUAUAUAGAAGAGAUGACUUGGAGUACCUCUACCAGGAAAUAUUCUUAAAAGAUUCCGCAGUCACAUUCACCCGAGUUACCGGUGAAAAUUAAGGAAACUUAACUAUUUCGUAAAUUUCGCAAAAUUAUAAGUUUGUAAUGUCAUUGUUAAAGCAAGCUGACCACAAGAACUGUUUAAGCCAAAUCAUUUUCAAUAGUAUAUUAUGUUAUUAUGAAUAAAUACGUUUUAAAUACC